AUGUCCGAUUGUGAUGAAUACAAAAAUAAAAUUGGAAGAAAAACUAAGAAAAGAAGAAAAAUGGAAAAAUAUUAUGAUGAAGAAUAUGAAGAUUUUAUGGACUGUAAAAGGCAUAAGGAAGAGUUACUCCCAAAAUGGAAAUUAUAUGCUGUUUGUGCUGCUGUUUUUAUGUGUUUUGCACUUCUAUAUCCAAGCGUUUUUGCUCCAAUGAUUAAUUCAUUUUUUGGGAGAAAUAGUGAUAAUAAACAUUCUCAUCAACCAAAUUCUCACUUUCCACAUCCAGAAGGGCAUAGAGGCGGCGGUCGCCCUCCCCAUGCACACCCAGCAGCUGCUGCUUCAAUGCAUGCUCAGGCCAGAGCACAUCAAACUCAGGCUGUUGGAGGAGGUGGUGGUAGAGGUGGUUUUGCUUGGCUCCUUCCUUUCUAUACAAUUGGUGUUGUUUUGUUUCUUCUCUACACGCUUUUUAAGAAAAAGAAGAAACAAAAGAGACCUAGAGGGUAUCUAAAUUGGGAAGAUGAAGAAGAAGACAGUGAAGAUGAGUCAAGUGGAAGUGAUGAAGCACCAAGAAAACGUUACAAACUCAAAUCAGUCCAAGAAAGACUUCGAAAAACAGAAAAAGCAAUGAAUGAAAUUUUGAGUCAAUUAGAAUUAAUUGCAACAAAUAAAGAAGUAUUAAAUGAAGGUGAAGAUAAAUCUGUUGAAGAUGAAAAUAGAUUGAAAGAGGAGACACAAAAUAUGGAAGAAAGUUUGGAAAAAUUGAAGAAACUUUCUGCGAUUUAUAAGAAAAAUGAACAGAUAAAAAAUUCCUUUAGAGGGAAAUGUGAAGAUUCUGAAGAGGAGGAGGGAGAAGGAGAAGAUAUAAAUGAUAAAGAAGAGUUCUCUACAAGUUCUGAAGAGGAAGAAAUGAGUGAAUUGGAGGAGGAAAUUGAAGAAGAGAAUGAUAAUAAAAAUGAAGAUAAUGGAGAAAUUGAGGAGAAUGAUGUGAGGAAAAGAAGGUAA